AAAUAGUCUUACUAUUAAUCACAACAUCGAUCUCAUAUGAAUGUUGGCAGUGUCUUGUGGUCGUUGAUGUUCAUUUCUUUGAAAGAGAAUAAAAAUAGGGCUAAUAUUUUAAAGGUUGGAAAUCCGCUGUUAAACCUAUUUUAAAGCCCCUGUAUCGCACAAGCAUACACAAUGACUUAACCUGAUCACACAAGCAUAAACACUAUUCUUAAUAUUUUUCUUGUCUCUUCUCCCUUUCUCCUUGCUAAAAAUGGCGUUUAGAUUUGACCAUUAUGGUCUAAUUGUUAGUAUAGAUUUCGGCACCACUUUUUCAGGGGCAUGUUAUGCUAUAACCGGUAGAAUGACACCAAAAGAGCUGAGAAAAGCCGAGUACCCUAGUAUCUUUCAUGUUACUGAUUGGCCGAAACAAAAUGAUUUGAAACCGAAAACGUCAUCUACCAUUAUUUAUGACCGGAAUCACCAUCUUCUCCAUUGGGGAAAAGACGCGUUGAACAUCAUAAAAUUUAAUCAAUUGAAGGAAGAUCUUCGAGUCAUUGAAAAGUAUAAACAUGAUCUGCCGACAUCUAUUGCACAAAAAGACGUUAUUCGUCCAACUGGAAACACAAGCAUAGAUCAAUUUUUAAAUAUGAGAGCUACGAUUGAUUUUUUUAGAGAGCUUUAUGAUCACACUGUCACCGCGAUGCAGAAUGCAAAUAUGGCUCACGGUUUAAAAAUCGAAAAAGAAGACAUUCGUUUUGUUAUCACCGUCCCAAGACAUUGGAAUGAUGUUCAAAGAGCUAUUAUGCGUAAAAUUGCUAAGGAGGCUGGUCUUAUAUCGGAAGACGAUCACAAAAACCGACUGUUAAUUAUUGAUGAGUCCAUAGCCGCUGCAUUGUUCUGUGAGCGAAAUUUGGACUAUAGUAAAAUAGAUAGUAACACCGAAGGUAAAUACAUGAUUUGCGAUGCUGGUGGUGCCACUACUAGUAUUACCGUUUUUGACAUGACGAAGUACGGUGAUCAAAAAGCAAAUGAUCAACUUAGUAGAUGCCAGCUUACGGCUGACAUCGGAAAGAAAUGCGGAUCAACAUAUUUAGACUCAAAAAUGAAUGAGGUUCUUUUAGAUAUCUGUUUUGGUGCAGACAAAGAAGCUUGGAAGGAUAACGAAUCCAAGAGAAAAGAGCUUGAAUUAUUGAUAGCCCCACUAAUGGACCAGUUUCUCGUAGACAAGACAAAUUUUGGAAAAGCCAGAAAGGAUUUUUUUCCUGAUUGCUGCCGUGAAUUGUACGACCUUAAUGACAGCGAUAGUGACUGUUCAGAUUAUGGUCCAAGCAUGAUCCCUGCAUGCGAAAUUUGUGACUUUGUGAAUGGAAACGAUGCACAGUUCGUAGAACUUGACAAUUUUGGUGAUGACGACGUGUCAAUCGAGGUUCAGCGUAAUCGAUGUGUAAUCAAACUGUCUUACAAAUUUAUGCGAAAAAUGAUUUUUGAUGAAGUUAUCAAUAAUACACUUGAAUUUGUAAGAAAACAGAUAAAGAAGGCCAACGGAAAGAUUACUCGCACUUACCUGGUUGGAGGUUUUGGUGGGUCUCCGUAUCUCCAAAAACGUCUUUUAAACAAGUUUCCUAAUGAUAUUGGAGAUUUAAUGUUUGAUAAGAGAGGAGACAUAGCAACCAUGCGAGGCGCCUUGAUUUAUGGUAUUGAUGGUAGUAGAAUAGAACCUCAAACUGAUGUUGUAAUGGAUUCUUACCAGAGUCCCGACAUUUUUGAGUACAAUACCCUUGUCUGCUUAGAUAUUGGAUAUAACGGGACUUCGUGCUCAUAUAGAGAUUUAAGAGGUCGAAAUGAUCAUAUGACAGAAAUCGUGGAUUGGCCUGGUUUAGAUGAAGCGAACUUUAUGAUUCCAACGGCAAAAACAAUUUCAUAUGGAAAGACUCUAUGGGGAGCUCAGGUUAAAAAUACUGAUAACCGCACGCCAGAGUCGUUUGUUACGCUAAGUAAACUUAUGUCUGUCAUGAAAGGAACUUUUAAAUCAUAUCUUGUUGAAUUACUGAAACUUGUGCUCGAACAUGUGCAUAGCUCAAUCAUGAAGACUAAACCCCACCUUUCAAAUAAAAACAAGUACAGGUAUGUUAUCACUAUGGAAAACUGUUAUCAAUUCUUUCGCAACAAGUCCGAAAUGCGUGAAAUCGCUCAACUUGCCGGUAUUAUAAAAAGAGAUGACUCCCCGAAACGACUAUUGCUUAUCCGCCGUGAGGAUGCAGCAGCUAUGCAUUUUGAAAAGACCGAAUUUAAAGAUAGAAAGGGGCACAGCAAUUGUUUUCUUCAUAUAUGUAUAUAUCAUGAUACAUGUCAUUUAGCACUGUACGAAUCAACCAAAAUCAAAGGAGACGAUAAAAAAAAAUACGUUAAAGUCGAAAAUUAUGCUUCUCAGAAAAUUAUAAGUCGCUUCAGAAAUGUGAGAAGUAUGCGCUCUGCCACGUUUGCUUUCAACUUUGUCGAAAAACUUGUUGCCAGUUUGGAUUCUUUCGUGUCAACUUCUGCCUAUAUCAUUUGUGCAGAUUCAAAAUCUCAUAGCAAAUAUAGUCCUACUUAUCGUACGGAACUCAAAAAAGGUUUUCUCGAGUACAUGAAGUAUAACUUGGACUUUAGCAAUAAUGAAAUACAAACCAUUAUCUUAAGUAAGGCAGGAUGUUGCAGAAUUGCUAUUACAAUGUAUGAUCUAUUGGAGCACAUCUUUCUCCCUGCUAUCCGUGAUUUGGCAUCUAAAAUACAACGUUUUGCAACUCAAGCAAAUAUGGCACGCUUAUUUAAUAUUGACAAGGUUUUUUUAACGGGUUUUCUGGUAAAAGCUAAAAAGGAGGCCAACGAUUUUCUUGAAAAGAUCUUUAUCAAGAAUAUAUCUAAGGUCAUGAACAUUCAAGCUGAACUCAUUCUACCAUCUGAAAAAUAUGGUAAAGAAGCUCUCAUGGGAGCUGAACAUUACGGAAACUAUCCCGAAGACUUUACAGAAAGAGUAUCACGAAGAUCGUAUGUGGUUCAGGUACGAGGUUACAAACGCCAAGAGUUUGAGAAGGAUGUCGAAAACACUAUUUUGGAAUUAAAAAAAAAGAAAGGAAGGGGCAUGAAGAAUGCUAUCUACAAUGAAGAAGCAUAUAAUGCUUUUAUUAACGACACAAAACCUGUCCAACUGUAUUACCAAUCACCUAUCAAUUCUUCUAUGAAAAAUGACGAUUUUAUAAGAGAACCCGAUGAUGCAACAUUCCUUAUCCACAGAGGCGACAAGAUUUCAGAGUAUAAUCAAAUACACGGCAUCUCUAAACGAUUUUAUUCCCAAGAAGAGUGUAUUGUUUAUGCAACUGUAUACUACACCGAAGAUUCUGUACUACCUGAACAUGAAGUUAAGGUUGAUCUAAGAAGGUUUAACAAGCUUCAUCAAUUUGAAAUAUAUAUCAAGCGCGAUGAGGACAACCCGAUAACCGUAGCACCUGACUCCCGCCUUCACUUCGAUAUCAGAAUAAUACUUGAUAAUAACGAAGUCGUAUUUGAAGCUACGAUUGGCACAAAACUUGGAAACGAGAUUCCUGUAUUUCGUUUCAGAGACGAAUUCUUGGUGGCGAAUAUAUAUGGAGACAAUGAGCGAGUCGUGGUUGGAGAUUUGGCAAUCUGUAGAGAUGAAAACGUGGAUAGUUUGGAAAUUUCCAGCUGGGUCUAAGAGAAUGUAUUUUUUUAAUAUACGAGAUAAUUGUUCUCUUCUUUUCUGGUUUAAAAUUAAAAUGUAGAUCAACCAUUCACCUAUGUCAUAAACAUAAAAAAGUAAUCACAUAGUAACUACCCAAAAAAGAUAUCAUUAGCUCCAAUUCUAUCCUUGGAGAUUAUGAAACAUAAG